AUGGACAGUUUUUCUCGCGUCAGUGAAAUCUUAAUGCCUGUUUUUUCAAAGCAAGGGCCUUUCGUUUGCCUGAUUUUUUUCAGCACAACCGUUAUUCUGCUUCUUCUUCGGACAGUACUGAGUCGAGGGACGAAUAAACGACUGGAAUCAUGCUUGGAAAAGCCGAAGCUUGAUAGUUCAGUGGUGGUGGUCCCAACUAUAAAUCCUCUGGAGGAGUUUCGAUGGGAAAAUGAGCAGCAGCACAAGAUCCGCGCCUUCAAGCCAAUCUACCACAUCACAAUGGCUGUCAGAUCUGAUACGCCAUCAGAACUGAUCACGAUUGAUUGUGAAUAUCUCAAUAGGCUCCGUCUCAGAAGAGACAUUCUUCAAUCUGAGAAUGACACAGUUCAUGGAUGCACCUCAAUGGGAGAAGAUUCAGUUGAGGAGCUAUACACUUAUCUCAUCACCGAUUAUCUACCAAGCCGCUAUCCAACCAUGUUCAAACUUUCAUAUGACAAAUCCAUGUUUUUCAACCUGGUCACUGGAGAAAACCAUCCCACCACCCCACCGAGCGAUCCGAAGGCUGCAUUGAAAAUCCUCGGCACCACAGUUGAGGAGGACCUCUUCCUGCUCAAGAACACGCCGGAUGGCCACCAGUGCGUUGCUUUCGUGUGCUGCUUUCCAUCUGGAUGGAACCCGUCCGCAAAAUUGGGGGCACACAUGACAAAGAUUCACACAACAGUCCCUUCAUAUGAGAAGAUUGGACCUAGCAUUGAGAGGUUCUUCUCAAGGCUGCAAGUGGGUAAAGGCGUCAAGCGGAGCAAUUGGACCGUUCAAACACAUGACAAACUUUUCAACGUCAAAGGCAACCAUAUCAGGCCUGGCGAAGAGGCUGAAGAGGAAGAUAUCGAGGUCGACAAGACAUUCGUGCGCGUCGAAUUGCAAACUUUGACGCGAAUGCCCAAGAAUCAAGCUGUACUCUUUUCCUUCAAGACGUAUCUUUAUCCGAUUCAAGAAGUAAAAGCUGAGGGUCUGGGUACUGAGUUUGCCGAUGCCAUUGAAGGAUUGCAAAAGGGCAAUGCCCCGGGCAUGUGGAGGUACAAAGGUGCAAUUAGAUGGGGCAAGAGUGUAUGUGAAUACCUUCGAGCGUAG